AUGGCGUGCAAGCCGGCGCUGCGCGCGCGGGACGCGUACCCGGCGGCGCUCUUAGGCGAGGUCGACUUUGGGUUCUGCCUCGCCUACGCCCUCGGUCUGGCGUGCAGUGGACUGGUGGGGCGGCGGUUCGGGUAUCGGCGGACGAUCGCGACGUCGUUCGCGCUCACGGCUGUGUUCGCGUGCGGAUUGGGCGCGGCGGUUGGAUACGGACCGCGGACGCGGACGAGCGACGACGCGUGGCGCCGAGCGCGGCUCGCGCACUUGCCGUAG